GUGUUUAUGAUAGUAGGCACUCAACAGCUGAUGCUAAUAACAGUGGCGUGGAGAAAUUAGAUAUUAAGCGAAAGGCUCAAAAUUAAUGGAAAAUGUAAAUAUUAAUAAUCAGAUUAUAGUUUUUAGUUCUAGUUUGCUUUUCAAUUAUUGAUAGUGCGGUGCAUAUUCAACUUAAGAGCAAUAAAAUCGCACUGCAAAUGUAGGAUCUUAGUUGGAUCUUCUACCCGUAAGCCGCUGAACGCAAAUUGUCUUACUUCUUGGCAUCAGAUCUAAUAUACAAUAUUGCAAUACCAGCAGCAGAUCAAAGAAAACUCAAGCAUUUUAAUACAUAAUUCAAAUAUAUCCCGUAACUGCUUACCAUGUCAGACAACAAGCGCCGACGUUUCCGCAAGGUUAAACAACCUGAAGAUAAACGUCCUAUAAUACUAGCUAAACGCAAUGUCGAAGAGGAUUCAUCAAGUCGGCGUAAUGUAGAUGCCGAGGUGCAGCCGAAAAUAUUGCUUAAGCCACGCGUUGAUAAUAAAGAUGACACAGAAGUCGCCGAGACAUCUGUAGUUGCAAAUGUUGCGCCACUAAAAACCCUAAUAGUGACACGUAGCGAAGCGGCACAAAGCCCAGCUUUAAGUAGUGUCAGCCCAGUUACCACAAAAGAACAGCAACAUCAGCAAACUCAACAAUCAAAUGGGAAUGAUACCAAUGCAGCAACAACUGUUCAGAUAAUCGAGCCAUUGCCACAAAUGACACGUCCUGCAACCGUUAUAUCUUCCACUGGUGUAAUAAAUGCUAGUACACGCAGGUUGCUUAUGAAAGGUAAUACCGAUUUUUUGGUAGUUGGUGUGAUUGGCACACAGGGCGUGGGCAAAUCAACGGUAAUGAAUUUAUUAGCCAAUGACGGUAUAAACUUUGAUUAUUACACAAAACUAUUUGUAGAGGAAGAUAAUGUUUUCCCAACCAAAUUAAAACCACAUAAAUGUUCGGCGAGAUCACGUACCGAGUCUACGCAUAUGUUUAUCACCGCUGAUAGGCUGAUAUUGCUCGACAGCCCGCCUGUAAUGUGCAAUUCUUAUCGCAAAGACAUGACCACAAAUGAGCUAGACGAUCUACGUCAAAUCAUUAGUUUUCUAACUGUUUGUCACCUAUUGAUUGUGGUACAGGAUGACUAUUUCAAUAUGAACUUUAUACGAUUGCUGCAAUUCGCCGAAAUUAUGAAGCCAACACACGACAAUAAGCCUUUUGUUAGUGAUUACUUUCCUAAUGUUUUGUUUGUAAAGAAUCGCGGCAAAAGACAGGAUUUCAUGCCAAGUCAAAAGGAGCGAUUUAAUCGUAUGCUACGUGCGUUAUUCAAGGAUUCCCAGCUGCGUAUAUAUGUGGGACAAACAGCGGAGCAGCAAAAACAAAAGAAAACACGAACGCCAGAAACAGAGCGUCAAGUAAAUAGUUUUCUGUUACCAGAAGUUGAUGUAAGUCCUAACAACUCCACUUUUCACAAGCCGCUGCGCGAAAUCAUUGAAGAUUUUCGCGGCCUUGUCUUUAUGACACCACGUAAUGAAAUGUAUGCGGGCACAAGUGAAUUAACGGAAGCAAUUUGGUUUGAGUUGCUCACCAAGGUUGCACAGGAAACGCAACAGUUCUUUAGUACAUACGAGGAAAUACAGCGUAAACAUUUGGAGGUGGGUAAUGUGCCCAUUAACGGUCAGGGCAAUAGUACUAAGGAUGCUCACGAGAAUUGGCGAGAGCAAUAAAAAGUUAGAAACUAGUUAA